UUUUCUUUUUUUUUUCUUCUUUUUUUUUUAUAUUUCUCUUUCAUAUAUUCAUUAACAACUUUAUAAUGUCAUCAUCCAUAGCGAUGUUUGUGAUUGUAAUGGUGUUACUAUGUACAGGUACAUAUGUGCAAUACACUACGACUGUUACAUCAACGACAUAUGUGGUACCCAAGAUGGUUCAUUUACCACCUGUACUUCCUACCGUGAUACCCGCUGCUUGUAAAAACGUUGAUUUUCGAUGGCUUGGAUCGGAUCGUCGUUUCUGGGAUGGAUGGGUAUCUAAAGCCAUGUUUAUGAAACGUAACGGACAGUUCACACGAAAGAAUGUUCGUAUUCAAGCGGGAGAAACCAUUUGUAUAGCUGUCUUGCUUGGACCUAUCCCAGCAGUUGCAUCUAAUGGGUUACACUAUGCAUCUUCUGACUCAAUUGUAAUGACAGCAAGAGGAGAGAAAACACAGAUUCCGAUCACACUCGAUCAACAUCCUACACAGACAAACGCUUAUUUCGCUGCAGUCACAUUUCAUCUGCAAGAUAUUUAUACGCUCCAAACAAGUGUGGAAUAUCGAUCCUAUUUUUGGGAACAGCCACAUUUUCAUCAAUAUUUACCAAACAGAUUUUCCUCGCGUAACAGUUUGACCGUCACACAAGCCGCGGCGGAAGAGGAGCAGGCGGAGGCGAAUGCGAGUGCGAGUGCGAAUGGGCAAAAAUGUGAUUUACUCCAUCAUCCUUUUCAAUGGAAACAUGUCGCUGCUUGGGUUGGUGAUGAGCAGUUUGUUCCUCCUUGCUAUUUGGAUGAUACGACUGAUGUAUUAAGACAAAAAGUGAUUCAUGUAUGGGGUCACGAACACAUUAGAAGAAAUCUACAGUUCUUGGAUGGCGACAGUACGUGUAACGAUGAAGAUCUUGGCUUACCAACCACUUUACUCGGCGGUGACACGGCUAUUUAUUUUGGAGAAGAGAAUAGUGGCCAAGGAGUCGCAGACAUUGUGUUACUAGGCACAGGGAAUGAGGGUUGGAGACAGACACCUAAUGAAUUUGCAGCCGCUUUUACAGCCAGCUUGAACAAGUUAUUGAAUGUUUACACGGGACAAGAAUUAAUUGUGGUCAAGACAAACCGUUACGUGGACUCCUUUCAUGCUGGUGUGACGGCAGGAAAAAGUCUGGCAUUUGCAAAUAUCAUUCGAUCAACACUAUUAGAGUUCAAUCAAACUCGUGUCGUCUUAUGGGACACACAUCAAAUUGGAGUCGAUCAACCUUGUUUAGUCACGCCAGUAGAAAAUGCCAUGCUUCUAAAUAUCAUUCAACAUUACUAUCGUGAUAAUAUGCACAAGGAAAUUAAGUCACGUGGCUUCAUGUAAUUUCUCUUACCACUCUGUGGGCGGUGCGUGUGUUUUAAACCUCUUUGUACAUUACU